AUGCCGUCCCUGUAUCGCCUGACUGCGGUCGCGGUCCAGCUGAUUGCCCUCGCCGCAGCAGCAUCAACAUACGGAUCCAAAGAUGAGCCCGAUUACGACUGGGUGAAGGAUUCCUUGCCCAGCUGCUUCGAGGAUUGUCUUGGUAAGACGAGCGAUGGCUGCCAUUCCCAAGAAUGUAUAUGCAGCGCCAGCCAGAGCGACGACUACCUACAGAGCGCAGUCGAGUGCGUACGAGACGAAUGCGAGAAGGAGGGCCUCGAAAUCAAUGUCGCGCUUCUAGUACCCGCGCAGCUAUAUUGCUCAGCAGUGGGCAGCAGCAUCCCCGAUGACUCUGUGAAGAACGCAUAUGAAUGUGCCAUGGGAGGCAAUGUUCCAUCGGCGACGCACAAGUCCGCAACAUCGACCGCAAAGCAGCAUUCCGAGAGCGAGCUCAAGAGCACAGUGACGAGCACAUUCAGCAUGACCACCACGGAUGGCAAAGGACACACCCUUCAGAUUGUUCAGCCUGUGGCCGUGGGGCCAAGCACAGUCAGUACUGGCGACGCAGUUACCUCUACACUGGGCAGCAGUUCCUCCUCUUCCGCCUCGAAGUCUGCGUCUUCAUCGUCCCCCUCCACUACCGCAGCUCCCAACCAGCCCGCGCAAGUUUCCUCUGCCGCCCCGACCCAGGCACCCGUCAGCACAUCAUCGCCGACACAACGAGUGGAAGACGGCGGAGGAAGUCCUUUUGUAAAUAUGCAAGCAAGCGCAGUGCACUGGUCAUUUUCAGGGCCAGUGGCAGCAUUGGGAGUCGUUGCGGGGCUGUUCAUGAGAUUAUAG